CUCUAGGUCUAUCUGGGCUAACCGGAGGGUUUUCGACAACGACGGAAGACGUCUCCCCCGUGACACGGAUUACUGUGAAUUUGUCAAAUUUUCAACCCCUUUCCCUACACCAUUAGUGUCAAGACACCAUCCUUUCGAUAAAAUAGUUGUUUUAUUAACUAUUUCAAACGCCAAACCAUGUCCACCCCGGCUAGAAGAAGACUUAUGAGGGAUUUUAAACGGCUACAAGAAGACCCCCCAGCUGGUGUCAGCGGAGCCCCAUCUGAAAAUAACAUCAUGGUUUGGAAUGCUGUCAUAUUUGGUCCUGAAGGAACACCAUUUGAGGAUGGUACAUUUAAACUCAUUGUAGAAUUCACAGAAGAAUACCCCAACAAACCCCCCACGGUACGAUUUGUGUCAAAGAUGUUUCAUCCAAAUGUCUAUGCAGAUGGCAGUAUAUGUCUAGACAUCUUACAGAACCGCUGGAGCCCCACGUAUGACGUGUCAUCUAUUCUUACAUCCAUCCAGUCUCUGCUUGAUGAGCCGAACCCCAACAGUCCAGCCAACAGUCAGGCGGCGCAGCUGUACCAGGAAAACAAGCGGGAGUAUGAGAAGCGCGUGUCCGCUAUCGUAGAACAAAGCUGGAGGGACAGUUGACCUGACAAUCCUGCUAGCUGCUAUAUUAAGCUGUGCGUGCUGGAAGUUUUAGUGGACUCUCUUGUUACCCCCUCACUUUUUUUUAAGCUUUUUAUGCACUUUACCUUAAUCUUCCACUCAGUUUUCUUUUGUAACCACAUUUUUUUUUAAUAUAUCACCCUCUUCUAGUCCUUCAGGGGGAAAUGUGUUGAAACUUGCCUUGGUAUUUUGUCAGAACUGAUUUGAGGAUUACAAAAAUAAACAAUAUUUGCUUAAAACGAUUCACAAGGGGGCGUCAAUCAAGUGGUGGGUCAUUUCUGUUGAUCGGUUUUUGGUUCUGAAGGAAGUGGGGAUGGUAAGGAGUCUUGGAAUCAAGCCCCACAACUGAAUCGGGCAUCUUUCUGCUGUGUCUUUGCUGUGCUGUGAACUGUUACAUACAUGCAUGAUUAAAUGUUCUCCUGACCCAUUUACUUCUGCAUACAACAGAAACCUGCAAGUGAAAUUAUGUACAGAUUUUGCACUGGUUGUCCCCCAUGUAAGUCUUUUCCAGAAAUUGUAAAUAAACAGACAAAAUUCA